AUGCCACCACAGUGGAGUUAUGAUAGAAUACCGUUCGGGUCGACGCUGCUUUCCACGGAGCAGCCGACAAUUUUAUCUCCACCAUCCAGACCAUUGAAGCCGAGAGACCUACCCCGGAAACUGGAGCAUUCCAGGAUGAGCUUCAUUGGGGACAGCUACGCAAUUGCCUCCCAAUUGAAACAAAAACUGGAUCAUAUGAGAGCCACAGAAGCAAAUGCUCCUUCUACAGAGGUACCGAAAAUUCCGCUCUCCAGACCUCCUGUGCCAAAGCCGAGAAAAUCGGUUUCAUUGGGCCCAAGGAGUUCAGUUACGACCCAGGACAAUUCUCCCUCCAAAAAAGACAACUCUUGGACAAGUGAAACGAAAAACCAAAACCCGAGCCAAAUAUACCGCGUUCCUUCUUUUUUCGAGGCAAUUGUGAAGAAUGCGCCCGAACUGCCAGCAGACCCUAUUCAACAACGGGAACCGCGUCUCACUGACAUACGAUACCAUGACCCUGAAGAGUUCACAAACCCGAAAUCGUCACUUAAAGUUGAUUACCAAUCUCCCAUUGUGAUCCCAAAAGCAAAGAGUAGAGCUUCUUUGCGUGGUAGUCCUGAGAGAGAGGUCAUCAGACACGAGGAACCAGCUAUCUUGCCAUUGGUCCAAAGGAGUGGAAAGCAAACCUUGGACGAAGAGCUUUUGUCAUUGAAAAUAGAGUAUGAGUCAAAGUCUGAUAAGAAACUUGAAAAAAUGUCAGAACCAGAGACGUUUGACCAGCAGUCAGUUGUGCUGCCUCUUUUCGCACAGAAGAGAAAAUCAUUCAAGAGUUUUGACGAAAAUUUGAAUGAACUGAUUGAGGUUCUCGACAAAAUGACACCCAAUAAUUUGCCAGAGUAUACAGUGACUGAGAUCGACUCUGAGUUCAUUGUGCAGCGAGGAGAUGACACAGAUGAUGAGGAAGAGAACGAGGUGCAUCAUUUGGACAAACCUUCUGAUUCUGCCUCUAUCAAAACCCUUCAAGAUUUAUGGGAGUCUCCCAAAGUGAAGGCUGAAUUAUCACAGUGGCUUGCCUCUUUGAAGUCGUUGUUAAUCUUGGACUAUCCAGAUGUAAGUGACCGUGAAAUUGACGGUCUUCUGGAGAAUUUCUUGGAGAAGGUGAGAAAUGAAGGCGCGAUCGUGGAAGGAGGCUCCAAGCUAGUUUUUUUGGAAGGGAUAUAUAUUCCAGGAGAAAUAGAGUUUACUAAAAAGGAGCCUGCGCAAAAGGAUCUGGAGAGUUUUACCAAGACCGACAAAGACGUGCUGGAGUCACCAAGUUGGGGACAACUUUGGAAACAAGAUGGGGAUUUGGCAAAAGUGCAAGAAAAUGAUAUUCAACAAGCCAUUUUUGAUCUUCUUAAGGGGGAACUGGUAUUCAUGUAUAAUUGUCGAAAGAUGGUGAGAUAUGGAAAAGGGUUCCUGAAGCAGGAAAAGCUGCUCCUUCCUUCGUUUAGUGGUUUCCACUCUUUGGCAUUCGAACCAAUCAGCUCACUGAGGGAGCUAUGGAAACUUCUUUGUGUGAAAGAGGUUCAUCAGACAGUGGAAAUUGGGCAACUUUUGACCCUUUAUGAGGCAUGGCUCUCCAAGAUGAGUCCCACCUUCAUGUACUACUACCGUGCCAGAGUAGAUACAUCUCAGAUCAUUCAAAUGCAACCAAGCGACUCCCACCUCAGAAGCUGGAUCCAAGGUGCUCCAACACCUACCAAAGCCUAUGAAUGGACUCUGACUCAGAUGCUGGACACAGAUUUUGUGAGUAGCCAUUUCAAGGAUGUUUCUCAGAGAUUAGUGCGGACUGCUGAGCUGAUUCGUUACACCGACCCACAAUCUCACAACCGGCUGGUUGAGAUUGUGAAUGGAAUUGCAAAGAUACAGCUCAAAGCUCGGGAGAACCAGACUAUAAUGACCGGUCUUAUAUCCCAGCUCAAGAAUAAUCCUUUCUUGGAGCUGGUGAAUUUGGGAGAUCCCCAGAGGUUCUGGGCUGGUCGGUUUGAAAUCACUCUUCUGGUUCCCAAAAGGAAGGAACUGAGAUGUACGGCCGUCGUUUUAGACAAAUAUCUGAUCUUCAUUUCUAAUGAUGAGAUUAUUGCCAAUCCCAUAUCUCUAAUCCAAGUGGCCAUCAAUGUGAGUGAGAGAAACACUGAAAACGGGUACCUCUACGUUGCUACCGUUUCUGAUUUUGAUAGAGAAUGCGCCGUUAUCACAGAGUCACCAGAGAUGAGAGAUGCGUUUGUGAAAGUUUGUCUUGAGGUCCAAUCGCUGGCAAUGAGGUCCAUGAGCUUUGGGAUCAAAUACUCCAUCAUAGCGGAAAGGGAGUUCGAAUACAAGACAAAUGCCUAUAAAGACAUGCUCACUUAUCCCCAAGAUGAACUCACUGAUCACUUUACCAGUCCACCCAGAAAACCAGAUCUUAAGGUAGAUGUAAACUGCGUGAACAAGUUCAGUUUUGACAACGAGGAGUUCCUGAUUUUAGGCCAGAGUUUUGGAGUUCAAAUUAGCCGGAGUGAUCAGAAGGAUUGGUACAUGGUUGCAGAGAUGGAAAAUGUCUCAUCUAUCAUUAUCCUUGAAGAUUAUGAUGUUAUCCUCUUUCUAUCUGGUGUCUCUCUUUUUUUCACGAAAUUGUCCGAAAUAAUGAAGGUUUAUGAUAGUCGUUCCAAGAAGGAGACUCAUAUCCUCAGCAUCACUUUGAAACAGCUGCUGUCUGGCGUCAACGUCUUUUCAAUCAACAGCAUGAAGAAGCGGGGAAUUUCAACCAUACUAGCCGCAUGUUCAUCUAAGAACAACUAUUAUGUGGCAACACUUCAAGCGGUAGUUGCCAUAAAGCCCGGCAUGAAAGUCCCGGAGUUUAGCCACUUUGAGAAGAUCGAAAGCAUGACUUGCCCGCCGUAUAAUGGCAUCUCAGUAUUGCAGAACGUUUAUGUCCUAAAUACUCCUGAUGGGUUUAGGUCGAUUGCUCACCACAACCAAUAUCCAAUCCCCAGUUGGACUCAUGAAAACAUCGGUGCCAGCCGCUACCCCUAUAGGAAAUGGCUACAGCAAAGUGUUACCGCUUCCAAGUGCGUCACAGUGCAAAGACUGACGGAGUGUGAAAGUAUAUGCGUAUAUGACAAAUUUGCCAUCUUCCUAGAUGCUUCUGGGACCGUUUGCAGGAACGAGGUGAUAAAAUUUCCAUUUUACUGCCAUGCUGCGGUCGUAGCAUCCGGAGUGCUACUUGCAUUUGGAAAAAGGGCCCUUCAAGGUUGGUGGAUAUCUGGCGACAGCAAGUCAGCUUCCCGCAUUUGUCUCGUGAGAAGUGGUCAGAAUAUGAAGUUGCUGUCAAGUGGUUCUGAAGAUGUCAUAUUUUCGUUCGCAAACCCAUUCUCGGGUGAUCGACAAGCGAUCGCGAGAAUAGAAAUACCACCGUUGAAGGGCUGA